UUCAUUUUCAACAGUAUUGUGCCUUGUGGUUGUGGUGUUGCUUUGCUUGCAUUGCCGUGCAGUGCCUCAAGUUGUGUGGAGGAAGAUGUUCAACAGUCAACAACCAUUAAAAGCUGAUUCAAUCCGAUUUAUUUGAAAAAAGAUCAAGUAUACAAUGGACAAAUUUUGUGGCUCCAAAUUUUGGGAUUGGAACCUUACAUGGUUCACAGAAAAUCCAAAAUUCACUCCUUGUUUUGAAGAAACUGUUCUGGUAUGGAUCCCAAGCAGUAUUUUAUGGGCAUCUUGUAUAAUAGCUAUUCUUAGCGGAUUUCAGAGUAAAGCAAGAGAUAUUCCUUGGGGAUGGCUGAAUAUUGGGAAAUUGGUUGGAAUCGGAAUUCUACUGCUCAUUACUUUUUUAGAUGCUGGUUAUGCGUUUUCGUGGCAUCCUUCAUAUAUGAAAAUGUAUGCAGUAGAUUAUUCCAAUGCAAUAAUUAGGCACCUUAAUUUUAUAUUGGUCGGAGGAAUGAUUGUAUUGAAUAAGAAAAGGGGACUUCGAACAUCACCAUUCAUGUUCUUCUUUUGGCUUUCCUUGGUUAUCUGUAGUUGGCCACAUUACAUCACUGAAAUUAAGACGGCGUUAUAUGAUCGAGAAAGUCUAAGAGUGUAUCCAUAUGUGAGCAAUAUUUUUUAUUUCCCGAUGAUUCUGUCGAUGUUUAUUCUAGAACUGUUCAUUGACUCAUCACCUCAAUUAUUAUCUUGUCCACCGAUCAAAAAUUUACCUCCAAAUACCAGAGUGUCGUUCUUCAAUAAUUUGUUCGGAUUUUGGUACGAUUCUUUUGCUUUUCGAGCUUUCAGACAAAGUAUAGAACUGAAGGAUUUAUGGAAUUUGGAAAACCAAGAUAGACUGGAUUAUUUAGUGCCUAUGUUUUCCAGCUACUGGAGUGCAGCGGAAGAUGAAAAUGAAAAAAAAAGAAAACAACAUAUGGUAAAACUCAGAGAAAAAUUCAAUGGAUAUCAAAGUUCAGUUAUUCCUUACAAAAAAAUUCAAGAUCCUAAACCAGUAUCAAUUAUACCUAUUUUAUGGAAAUGUUUUGGAUGGACGUAUAUUUCGGCUACAAUUUUUAAAGCUCUCGUUGAUGUAAUGAUGUUUGCAAAUCCGCAAAUUUUAAACUUGCUGAUUGGAUUUGAGGACAGCAACGAGCCACUAUGGCAUGGAAUUCUGUACGCGGUCAUGUUGUUAAUUUUGGGUAUAUUUCAAAUGAUAUUCUUAAAUAAUUAUGUAUUCAGGAUAUUCAGAAUGGGCCUUCAAAUGCGUUCGACAUUAAUGGCAGUAAUUUAUAGGAAAGCCUUACGUAUUUCAAAUAACGCCAAAAAAUCAUUUUCUUUGGGCGACAUAACAAAUUUAAUGUCAGUCGAUGCUCAGCGGUUUUAUGAUGUACAUCUAUAUCUGAACAUGGCGAUAUCCGCACCAUUUACCAUUUCCGCCUCCUUAUACUUCUUGUGGAGAACUGUUGGCUGGAGUGCAUUUGCGGGUCUGUUCGUAAUGCUUGUAAUUAUUCCCAUUAAUGGAUUCGCUGCCGGAAGAAUUAAAUCCCUACAAACUGAACAAAUGAAAUGUAAAGACGAACGAGUUAAAAUUACAAACGAAGUUUUAAGCGGAAUAAAGGCAUUGAAAAUGUACGCUUGGGAAACGAGUUUUGAAAGAAAAAUAUUGGAAAUACGUGAAAAAGAGAUCAAAUUGCUGAAAAGUAUCGCCAACAUAAACACGUCGGUUUCAUUUCUAUGGACAUCUGCUCCUUUUUUGGUAUCUUUGAUUACUUUCGCGGUGUUCACGUUUGCUGAUCCGAAUAACGUUUUAACAGCCCAAAUUGCUUUUGUGUCUUUAUCUUUGUUUAACAUUAUAAAAUUACCGAUUUCCUUAAUUCCCAGAAUGAUAACGAAUACCGUUCAGGCAAUGGUGGCUACGAAACGAAUCAAUAAAUUUCUCAACUCAGGAGAACUGGAUUUUGAUGCUGUUGAGCAUGAUACAACUGAAAGAGAUCCUAUAAUCACCGAAAAAGGAACUUUCACAUGGGGCACUGAUCGCGAUAGACCUACAUUAACUAACAUUAAUGUUCGAAUCAAAAGCGGUGAUUUAGUUGCAAUUGUUGGCCCAGUUGGAUGUGGAAAAUCUUCACUUUUAUCAGCGUUUCUCGGUGAAAUGAAUAAAGUUCAAGGUCGCGUCAAUACCAAGGGAACCAUCGCCUAUGUUCCUCAACAAGCAUGGCUACAAAAUGCGACUGUACGAGAAAAUAUAUUAUUUACAAAUCCUUACAAAAAACCUUUAUACAAUAAAGUUGUAGACGCUUGUGCACUUCGACCAGAUUUUCUCGUAUUACCUGGAGGAGAUCAGACAGAAAUAGGAGAAAAAGGGGUCAACUUGAGCGGCGGUCAAAAACAACGAAUAAGUUUAGCGAGAGCUGUCUACAAUAAUGCUGACACUUAUUUUCUUGAUGAUCCUCUCAGUGCGGUCGACUCACAUGUCGGUAAACACAUUUUCGAGAAUGUUAUCGGACCACAUGGAAUGCUUCGUAAAAAAACACGUCUUUUAGUGACCCAUGCAACUAAUUAUUUAUCAGAAGUUGAUUACAUCAUUGUAAUGAAAGGUGGCUGUAUUACUGAAAACGGAACCUACAACGAACUAAUGAAAAAACAAGGAGACUUUUCCGAUUUUAUUAUGACCUAUUCUCAAGAAGACCACACUGCAAUUAGAGAUAAGGAAGAUUUGCCUGAACAAACUCAAAAGUAUGAACGAUCACUGUCAGAGGAGGUGAACUAUUCAUCUUUGACUAACAUUUUUGUAUCAACUGCAACAGAGGAAGAGCCUCCUUCUACGCUGACCGGAAAUGAAAGACUUACAGGAGAUGAAUUGGUGAACGAAGGAAAUAUAAAACUAUCCACGUAUUGGUCGUACGUGAAAUCAGGAGGAGUUGUGUUUUGGUUAGUUGCAAUUCUAUUCAAUUUAUUCUAUCAAGCUGCAUCUAUUAUUGCCAAUUUGUGGCUUACCGAUUGGUCCACCGAUCCUGAGAUUAAUAACAAUGAACAUUCAUUCAAAAAAUAUUAUUAUCUUGGAAUAUACGCGCUAUAUGGUUUAGGACAGAUAUUGUCAAUUUUGAUUGGAACUUGGGCCAUGUAUUGGGCAACUAUCAGAUCAUCCGAAUAUCUUCAUAACAAUUUAUUGAAAAAAGUACUCAACUGGCCCGCAUACAUGUUUGAUGUGACUCCUUUAGGCAGGGUGUUGAAUAGGUUCUCUUACGAUAUUGACGUCAUUGAUAAUACCUUCCCAUUCACAAUUAGGCAACUACUCACGCUAGGAGGACAGAUGGCAUCGACUAUCUACGUGAUUGUGUUCAGCAGUCCUCUUUUCGUAGUAGUAUUUAUUCCGAUCGCGGUACUUUAUAUAUUUAUCGAGCAAAUUUAUGUUGCGGUGAUGAGACAACUUAAAAGAAACGAAGCAGUCUCGAGAACUCCAAUAUAUUCUCAUUUUAGUGAAACUGUAACAGGGGCUCAUAUGAUACGUGCAUUUGGGAUGGAAGAACUUUUUAUAUCAGAAUCAGAAAAACGCACAUACCUGAAUCAAGUAUACACUUACCCAAGUGUACAAGGAAUGAAAUGGGUUUCUUUGAGACUGGACAAUAUAGGAAAUGCUGUCAUCUUUAGUGCAGCAUUGUUUGCAGUAUGGGAGAGAGGAUCAAUCAAUUCGGGAUUAAUUGGAUUAUCUGUGAGCUAUGCCUUACAGAUUACCGGCGCUUUAAAUUGGGUUAUACGUACUUUAACCGAUAUUGAGACAAAUAUUGUAUCUGUGGAAAGAAUCGAAGAAUUUAAUGAAUCUCCAGAAGAACCCAUUUCGUCCGAAAAGUAUCGCAGCGUCCCAAACUCCUGGCCAAAUGAAGGAAAAAUAGUCUUUGAUAAUUUCAAAGUCCGGUAUCGUGAAGGCUUAGAUUUAGUUUUGCGAGGAAUAAAUUUAAAUAUUGAAGGAGGCGAAAAAAUUGGAAUUGUUGGAAGAACCGGAGCAGGAAAAUCUUCGUUGACCUCUUGUUUAUUCAGAACAAUCGAAGCUGCAGAAGGGAAAAUAUUUGUAGACGAUAUUGAUAUCGCAUCUGUUGAUUUACAUACCUUAAGAUCAAGAAUUACAAUCAUUCCUCAAGAUCCUGUACUUUUUUCUGGAACCUUGAGAAUGAAUUUAGAUCCAUUCUACGAGUACUCCGAUCAAAAGCUAUGGCGAGCUUUGGAUCUAGCACAUUUGAAAACAUUUGUAGCAACUUUACCAAGAGGAUUAUAUCACAUUAUUUCUGAAAAUGGCGGUAACGUCAGCAUUGGGCAGCGUCAGCUGAUAUGUUUGGCUAGGGCUUUGUUGAGAAAAACAAAGAUUCUGAUUUUAGACGAAGCCACAGCAGCUAUCGAUCUUGAAACUGAUGAAAUUUUACAAAAAACUAUUCGUUCGGAGUUCAAAAAUUGCACUGUUUUGACCAUCGCUCAUAAAUUAAACACUAUUAUGGAUUCAGAUAGGAUUUUAUUGCUCGAUAAUGGUUUAGUGAAGGAGUUUGAUACGCCUCAAAUUCUUUUGAAUGACAGAAGUUCUGCGUUUUAUGGUAUGGCGAAAGAUGCAGGAUUGGUGGUAUAAAAUGUAGACUAUUUACCAACGUCACAAAUAUUCAGCAUCGGUGACUUUCUUUCAUCACUUGAAAACUGUGAUGUUCUUCUCGAUCGAGUUCAGCCGUAGAACCAGAAGAAUCAUCUUUGCAAUUCAUAAAAGAUAACCAUCGUACCCAACUAUACGAACAAUAAUCACGCCAAGAACUACGUUCUUUGCCUAUGCUUCCCUUAGCUGCAUCAUUUACAUUCGCUGUAGCGUACUUGAGAGCAGUUGCAAUUAGUUUUUCUUGAACUUUGGGUGAUUCUAAUUGUUUGAUUAAAUCUUUCUUGGAAGAUUUUUUGUCUACUUUGAUCACAUCGAAUAAAAGCGACUCCGUAAAGCCAUUUUUGUUAAUGUUUGCCACCACUGUUUCUAUUUCAUCUGCAGUCGCCUAAAAAUGAAUAGCUACGUGUAAAAAGCAAGCAUUUGUAAAUUUUGUUCAAGUAUUCUUAGCACCUAAACAGAAAAAACAUUACAAAACUCACCGUCUGAAAUGAUGCUGCAAGUAAAAGUGGCACGUAUAAAAUUAAUAACAUUUUACGAUUCAAAAAAAAAAAAAAAAAGUUAAAAAUCACGAGAAGUUGAGACUUACACGCGUUGAAUAGUCAUUACGAAUAGGUUCGAAAGCUACCAUUUGAUAAGAAAAAGUGAAAUGGAGUAAUUUGAUUCUGCUUUACUCGACACAUCCGUCGAUAAUUAUGCAAAUUUUAUUACCUACCUACUACCUCAUUGACGAGGUAAAUGAUGGCUUAUAAACGUUCCCUCUUUAUAAGGAAUUUAAGAAAAUACGAAUAAACGUCUCCGUGAAGGAAUGAAAAAUGCAAUGAAACACAUAAUUUAAACAUUCAUAUCGUUUAUAUUUUUCAUAAGAUAGAUUAUCCAAUUUCGAAUAACAAUCUACAUGUAAAGUCCAAGGAAAUUAGCUAAAAAUUAAAAGAUAAAGAAGUAACGGGGCGACUAGUCACAAAGAAAUAUAGGUAGAUCAACUAAUGCUUAAAAAAAAUAAAUAUCAAUAAAAAAUAAUAGGAAAUAAGCCAAUGAGUCAAAUCACAUGCUACAUCGAAACUUCGAGUCCCGUUCGCAGUGCUUAAACCAAACGAAAAGGUAAGAAUCUUCUUUCUUUUUAAUGAAAGCAUAGGUACCGAUUUUAUAAAGUAUAUAUGUAAUGUAUGUACAUAAAGAAUAGAUAUUAAAAUAAAAAAAAAAUUAUUAUAUCAUUUUUAAUGAAUGGCAAAAGCUGAUACACUACUUUCGUUUUCAUCCUGAUUGCUUUAAUAUCACUAUUAUUUCUCUCAUUUCAACCUCUCAUCACGAACCAGCUUUUUUAAACGCGUCGACGACACCCUCAGGAGCUUGUAUUUUUUUUUUUUUUUUUUUUUUUUGAUCACUGGUUGACAUUACAUAACCGACUAUUUUAUAGUAUCAAAAAAAAUUAACGAUUAAAAUAAUAUAAACAAAUUAUAAAUUAUUUGAAAAAAAAAUCAAAUUAAAAUACUAUGUAUAAAAGUACGUGUUUAAGUAUAUCAUAAACUCGUCCAACGCGUAAUAUUAUAGAUUGAUAUAGAUAUGUCACUUACUGCAACAUCUUAUUUGGUAAUUUUAGACGGCCAUCUACCGUUUUAAUAAAAAUUUAUAAUUACAGUAUCCAUGAUGUCAUAUAUGUAAAAAUGUUGCAUCAUAUGCCUUAAAAAUCACUCGUUAUAAAUAUAAGGUGGUUUUUUUUUCAAAAAGCUUCGUAAUUAUGUACACUUUAUAAAUUAUAAUAUAUAAUCUUCUAUAUAAAACACUCGCCUCUACAAUAUCAAGUCAGAACAUUUUUUUUAUUUACAUUCGCUUUUAUUGUCAACAAGGACUACAGAAUAUUACAAAAAGACAAAAAUUAAAAAUAUAUGUCUGCUAAAAAUCAUACUUAAUGCUGAAAAUGAGGAGGAAAAUAUCAUACUUUAUGAAAUAAAAUCUUUCAAUACGAAUCCAGUUGGACUGAAAAUUGUGAAUUUUUUCUUUCAAGUUAUGAAAUAACAAUUAAUAGGUUACUUCUCAGAACUAUAUAAAUUACACCUGGUAUAAUACAUAGGUAGGUAUAUGCGAAUCGAUAAUAACAACAUCUUAACAUUUUCGUAACAACUUAAAAAAAAAUAUUAACAACACAGAAGAGGAAAACAAUAACAAAUAUAACAAGAAAAGAAACACGAAAUCGUAAAUAAAUAAAACAAUAGGAAAUAAAUAAUAAGGAAAUUACAAAAAAAAGGCUAAUUUUAAAUAAUCAGCUCUCACGUGAAAGCUGUAAAAGAUCAUUCUAUGUAUUAAAUAGGUACUGCGAUUUUUUUUUAGCUGUUUUAGCGUAUAAGUAUCGAUAGAAAUUAAUAUAAAUGUAACGUGUAUUUAAACUACAACAUUUUUUUUGCGUUUAAAACGUGUAUGCAAAAGUAGGUAGGUAUUUAUAUUCACAUGCAUACGUAAGGUAAAUAGGUAGGUAGGUAGGUAGGUAAAUACGUAUAACAAAUAAUGUACAGAGGUAAAUUAAUAGGUACAUUUUAUAUUAUGUAUAUAUAGUUUUUGUGCGCAUUUCAAGUCAGCAAGCAUUUCACAGCUGA